AGCUUUCGGUUGCAGUUAUCCACUUUGCAAUUUGCCUUCGCCUAAGAACUCAUGGCUUCGCUCUCGGCCGACGCACUCAGCACGCUGUGCUUGAACGAGAUCUCGACGUGGAACGUCCAGGAGGAGGCGAGUGACCUCAUGAUCCCGAUCAUCGGCAACCUCUACCGCCGCAACAACGUGGUCGUCACGCUCUUUGGCAAGGGCCUCGUGCACCAAAACUCGAUCGACAUCAUCAAGACGCACUCGUUCGUGUGCAAGCACAUUGGCAAGGAGAUGCACCCCGCCGAUACGCUCCCGGUGCUCCAGGUCGUCGAGGAAAUCAACAAGCUCAGCGCGAUGCGCCUCGACCUCGGCCGCACGUACCUCCUCGUGUGCGGCGAGACCAAGUCCAAGAAGCCGACGCGCGAAGACAUUACGCGCGUGCUCCGGUCGCUCAUUCUGCGCCAGGUGUCGCCCAGGAAGCCGCUGACGCUCGAGAAGCCCACGGACAUUGUGCUCUACGGUUUUGGUCGGAUCGGUCGCCUGCUCGCCCGUCUUUUGAUUGAGAAGAGCGGGUCGGGCGCCAAGAUGAUGCUUCGCGGCAUCGUCGUGCGCAAGGGCUCCACGGAGGACCUCCAGAAGCGCGCGUCGCUCCUCCGCCGCGACUCGGUCCACGGUGCCUUCCACGGCACCAUCUCGUUCAACGAAGAAGCCAACGCGUUCAUUGCCAACGGCAACGUGAUCCAGGUCAUCUACUCGGACGGCCCCGACAAGUGCGACUACACCAAGUACGGCAUCUCGGACGCCGUCGUGAUCGACAACACGGGCAUUUGGCGCGACGAGGCGGGCCUUUCGCGCCACUUGCAGUCGCCGGGCGUGGCCAAGGUCGUGCUCACGGCGCCGCCGAAAGGCAACGUCAAGACGAUCGUCGCCGGUGUCAACGAGAGCGAGAUCACGCCCGAGAACAAGAUUUACUCGUGCGCGUCGUGUACGACGAACGCGAUUGCGCCGCUCCUCUUUGCGCUCGACGCCAAGUACGGCAUUGACGAAGGCCACAUUGAGACGGUCCACUCGUUCACAAACGACCAAAACUUGAUCGACAACUACCACCCGAAGGAGCGCCGCGGCCGGUCGGCGGUCAUGAACAUGGUCAUCACCGAGACGGGCGCCGGCGCCGCCGUCGAAAAGUGCCUCCCGCACCUCAAGGGCAAGCUCACGGCCAACUCGAUCCGUGUCCCGACGCCGGACGUGAGUCUCGCGAUCAUGUCGCUGCACGUCAAGCAGGAGGGCCUCACGGCCGAGGCGGUCAACGCGUACUGCGCCAAGCUCAGCCUCAACUCGCCGCUCCAGCACCAAAUUGAGUUUAUCAACUCGAACGAAGCGGCGUCCUCGGACUUUGUCGGCUACCGCGCCGCCGGUAUCGUCGACGGCCAGGCCACGAUCGUGCGCAACAAGAAGAUUGUGCUCUACGUCUGGUACGACAACGAGUUUGGCUACUCGUGCCAGGUCAUGCGCGUCGUCCAGCGCCUCUGCGGUCUCUCGCUCACCAAGUUCCCGGACCAGUCGCACGUCGACAUUAUCGACUCGGCCCUCGACUUUCAGUAAAAUCGAUCAACACUCCGUCUUUGUAUGUUAG